AUGGAAUUGGGAAGCAUAAUCAACUUCCUUCAGGACAAGAAUAUCAUGGUCAUUGGUGCCACUGGCUUCCUUGCCAAAAUUUUUGUGGAGAAGAUACUGAGAGUUCAACCAAAUGUGAAGAAACUGUAUGUUCUUUUGAGAGCCGCGGAUGAAGAAUCUGCCACUCGGCGAUUGCACGAUGAGAUUUUAUGGAAGGACUUGUUUAGAUUGUUGAAGGAAAAUCUUGGUCCAAAGUUCAAUACCUUUGUCUCAGAAAAGUUGACUCUUGUUCCUGGGGACAUCUCUCAAGAGGACUUGAAUUUGAAAGACUCCAUUCUAAGGGAAGAAAUUUGCAAUCAAAUUGAAUGUAUAGUUAAUUUAGCCGCAACAACUAACUUUGAUGAAAGAUACGAUGUUGCACUGAAUAUAAAUACAUUAGGAGUUAAGCAUAUCUUGAACUUCGGCAAAAGUUGCAUUAAGCUAAAGGUUCUUGUCCACGUAUCAACAGCAUAUGUAUGUGGCGAGAGAAGAGGACUCAUACUAGAGGAUCCAUACAAAAUGGGUGUGUCACUAAACGGAGAGCCCGGACUAGACAUUGAUGUGGAAAAGAAAGUGGUGGAAGAGAAGUUGAAGCAGCUUCGACAAGAGGGAGCAUCAGAGGAUUAUAUUAAAAUGGUCAUGAAGGACUUGGGUAUGAAAAGAGCAAAUGUAUAUGGAUGGCCAAACACGUACUCCUUCACAAAGGCAAUGGGAGAAAUGCUUGUAGGAACUCUAAAGGAAAACAUGUCUGUUGUUAUCGUGCGUCCUACAAUUGUUGCCAGCACUUACAAGGAACCUUUCCCUGGUUGGAUCGAAGGUGUAAGAACCAUAGACAGUUUCCUUGUUGCCUAUGGCAAAGGAAAAUUAGCAUGCUUCCCUGCAGACAUCAAGAUGGUUUUUGACUUGAUACCAGCUGACAUGGUGGUGAAUGCAAUAUUAGUGGCAAUGAUGGCGCAUGCAAGUCAACCUUGUGAUAAUAUGAUAUACCAUGUGGGCUCCUCUAUUGCAAAUCCAGUCAAAUGCCACAAUCUUCAAGACUACAGCUUCAGAUAUUUCACAACAAAACCAUGUGAAAACAAUGAAGGAAAGCUUGUCAAGGUUGACAAGCUGAUAAUAUUGCAAAACACUAUUAGCUUCCAAAGAUAUAUGUUCAUUCAUUACUUGCUUCCAUUAAAGGGACUAGAGAUAGCCAAUGCAGCUUUUUGCCAGCGUUUUCUAGGAAUGUAUCUUGACAUCAAGAGGAAGAUCCAAACUGUGAUGCGAUUGGUUGACCUUUAUAAGCCCUACUUGUUCUUCAAUGGCAUAUUUGAUAAUUUGCAUACAGAAAAGUUGCAAAUAGCAGCAAGACAUGGUGGGGUAGAGAUGGAUUUGUUUUACUUUGAUCCUAAAAUGAUUGAUUGGGAGGACUACUUCAUGAAUAUUCAUCUUCCAGGCAUCGUCAAAUAUGGUUCCAAGUGA